CGUUUAGUUGCGUUCCAAGUGCCGCGUGUGUGGGAUUAAAGCGCAGCAAAUCAAACAUGAUCAUCACCGCCAAAGUGGUGAGCAUCUGCUUGGGCGUGGCACUCACAGCCUUCACCGUCUCCACCAUUGUGCUGGCGGUGCAAAAGUCCAAUAUGAAGGCCGAUCUGCGUGAUUUACAGGAGAAGCUCGAUCUGCUGGAGGGCAGCCUAACCUCCACCACAAGCAGCAGCACAGACACGCCCACCACAAGCAUUACACCGAGCACAACGCCCGCGCCCAAAAUUGAUUAUCGCCUGCCCAAAACGCUGACGCCCACCAACUAUGAUCUUUAUCUACAUCCGCAUAUAGAGUCGGGCGAUUUCAGUGGCAAUGAAAUCAUUAGCAUUACCGUGAAUGAGCCCACAGAUAAGAUAAUACUGCACUCACUUAACUUGACUAUACAAACGCUGUCUGUGAUCUAUGCGGAUGGCACAGCUGUGCCCAUCAAGGCGCAUCAGUUUGACAAAGUCAGGGAGUUUCUGAUUAUAGAGCUGGCUGAGCAGCUCAAAGCCAACGCCAAUGUGCUGCUGACCAUUGAGUUUUCUGGCAACAUGGCCAACAAAAUUGUGGGUCUUUAUAGCUCGUCGUAUGUGAAGGCCGACAACACCCGCAAGGUGAUCGCCACGUCCAAGUUUGAGCCCACAUAUGCACGCCAGGCUUUCCCUUGCUUUGAUGAACCUGCCCUGAAAGCUACGUUUGAGAUUACGCUGGUGCAUCCCAAGACGGGCAACUAUCAUGCGCUCUCUAACAUGAAUGUGGAAACUGAAGUCCAGGACGCUGAGCACACAAAGGUCAUGUUUGCCAAGAGCGUGCCCAUGAGCACUUACCUAUCCUGUUUCAUUGUCUCUGACUUUACGGCAAAAAAGGUGGACAUCGAAACCAAGGGCAUUGGCAAGCCUUUUGAAAUGAGCGUCUAUGCCACGCCAGAGCAGAUUGGCAAGGUGGACUUUGCGCUGGAUGUGGGCAAGGUUGUAAUUGAAUAUUACAUUGACUACUUCCAAAUCGAGUAUCCGCUGCCCAAGCUGGACAUGGCCGCUAUACCAGACUUUGUCUCUGGCGCCAUGGAGCACUGGGGUCUGGUCACCUAUCGCGAGACGUCGCUGCUGUACGAGAAGGAAACUAGCUCAACAGUCAAUAAACAGCGCAUUGCGAGCGUCAUAGCUCAUGAAUUUGCGCACAUGUGGUUCGGUAAUUUGGUAACCAUGCAAUGGUGGAAUGACUUGUGGCUAAAUGAGGGCUUCGCUAGCUUCAUCGAGUACUUGGGCGUGGAUGCGCGCUUCCCCGACUGGCAAAUGCGCAAUCAAUUUAUCAUCAGCACUCUGCAUGGCGUCUUCAGCUUGGAUGCCACGCUGGGCUCGCAUCCCAUUAUACAGACCGUUGAGAAUCCCGAUCAGAUAACGGAAAUCUUUGAUACUAUUACGUAUUCCAAGGGCUCCUCGCUGGUGCGCAUGUUGGAAGAUUUUCUAGGCGAGACAACGUUCCGCCAGGCGGUCACCAACUAUCUGAAUGAAUACAAAUAUCAAAACGCCGUAACCGAUAAUUUCUUUGCCGAGAUUGACAAGCUGGGUCUGCCUUACAAUGUGGCAGACAUAAUGCUCACCUGGACAGUGCAGAUGGGUUUGCCUGUGGUCACGAUCACAAAGAUCUCCGACACUGAAUACAAAUUAACGCAGAAGCCGCUUCUUGUCCAAUCCAAACGACUACGAACAAGUGCACGAGCUUCAGAAUUCAACUAUCGCUGGUCAAUACCGAUAACGUAUACGACCAGUGGCAGUGCGGCAGUGCAGCGCGAUUGGUUUUACCACGAUCAGAGCGAAAUUACCAUUAAGCUGCCCAGCGCUGCGCAAUGGAUCAAGUUUAAUCACGACCAGGUUGGCUAUUAUCGCGUCAACUACGACGAGUCCUUGUGGCAUGCCUUGGCCCAGGAGCUGCUGAACAAGCCAAGCUCAUUCAGUGCCGGUGAUCGUGCCUCUUUGUUGAACGAUGCCUUCGCUUUGGCUGAUGCCACACAACUGCCCUAUGAGAUUGCCUUUGACAUGACGCAAUAUCUGGCCAAGGAGGACAACUAUGUGCCCUGGAGCGUGGCAGCCUCAAAGCUAACCUCGCUCAAGCGCACGCUCUACUACACGAGCAGCUUUGCCAAGUACAAGAAAUACGCCACAGCGCUAAUUGAGCCCAUCUAUACAGCGCUCACCUGGACUGUGGGUGAGGAUCAUCUGAACAAUCGUCUACGUGUAACGGCUCUGAGCGCUGCCUGCUCGCUGGGCUUGGAGUCCUGUCUAACUGAGGCUGGUGUGCAGUUCAAGAGCUGGCUGGCCACUCCAGAGAAGCGCCCCAAUCCAGAUGUGCGCGAGAUUGUCUACUACUAUGGCUUGCAGUCAGUGGGCAACCAAGCCAUCUGGGAAAGCGUCUGGCAGUUGUUCAUCAAUGAGGCAGAUGCUAGCGAAAAGUCCAAGCUUAUGUAUGGCCUGGCUGCUAUACAGGAGCCUUGGCUCCUGCAGCGCUACAUCGAUCUAGCCUGGAACGAAGAGUACGUGCGUGGCCAGGACUACUUUACCUGCCUCACCUACAUAUCUGCCAAUCCCAUGGGCGAGUCUCUGGUCUGGGAUCAUGUGCGCGAGAACUGGUUACAGUUGGUGGCUCGCUUUGGCCUCAAUGAACGCUAUCUGGGCAAUCUAAUACCCUCCAUAACAGCACGCUUCCAUACGCAGACCAAGCUGGAGGAGAUGGAGUACUUCUUUGCCAAGUAUCCAGAGGCGGGCGCCGGCACUGCAGCACGCGUGCGCGCUUUGGAAACGGUCAAGAACAACAUUGUUUGGCUGGCAGAGAACUUGGAGAGCGUGGAUGCCUGGCUGGCCAAGCAGGAAUUGGAUUAUCGCCUGCCAACGGCAUUGGAGCCCACGCAUUACGAAUUGUACUUUCAUCCAAGCUAAGAUACAGGCAACUUCACUGGCCAAUCCAAGAUAACCAUUAAUGUGAAGCAGGCCACAAAUCAAAUCAUUCUACACUCGCAUAAACUAACUCUCAGCAGCGUCUAUGUGCCCGAUCAUGAAAUUGAUAAUUACGCGCUUGAGCCCGUUGCGCGAAUUUCUCAUUAUCGAGAUGAAGCAAGCAACUGAAAAUGGGUGAGACCUUUUAUACUCGGCAUUCACUUCGAGGGCCAAAUGCAAAACAAACUCGUUGGCUUAUAUAGCAGCACCUACAAUACGCCAGCGGGUCAGCAGAGAAACAUAUCGACCACCAAGUUCGAACCCACCUACGCACGCCAGGCUUUUCCUUGCUUUGAUGAACCUGCCUUGAAAGCUACGUUUGCCAUAAGCGUUAUACAUCCCACCGCUGGCUCAUACGAUGCUGUCUCCAACAUGAAUAAAUUGGAGUCACAGAAUCUGGGCGAGAACACAAUGGCCACGUUUGCCACUAGUGUGCCCAUGAGCACCUACUUGGCUUGCUUUAUUGUCUCCGACUUUGAACAUAAGAAGAGCACUGUGAAAGCCAAUGGCAUUGGAGCUGAUUUCGAAAUGCGCGCUUUUGCCACGCCCCAUCAGAUAAACAAAGUUACAUAUGCCUUGGAGUUUGGCGUUGCAGUCACCGAGUACUACAUAAAGUACUUUAAAGUGGAGUAUCCACUGCCCAAGCUGGACAUGGCUGCAAUACCUGACUUUGUCUCUAAUGCCAUGGAACAUUGGGGUCUGGUCACCUACAGAGAGACUGCGCUGCUCUAUGAUACAAGCUUCAGCUCUGCUGCGAAUAAGCAGGCAACUGCUGGAGUCCUUGCUCAUGAGAUUACACAUCAAUGGUUUGGCAACUUGGUGACAAUGAAGUGGUGGAAUGAUUUAUGGCUAAACGAAGGCUUUGCUGCUUUCAUGCAAUACAAAGGUGUAGAUGAAGUGCAUCCAGAUUGGGACAUGUUGGAUCAGUUUGUAAUAAUGGCAUUGCAUCCAGUCCUUGUUUUUGAUGCCAAGCUCUCAUCACAUCCCAUUGUGCAACAGGUGGAGAAUCCAGAUGAAAUCACAUCCAUUUUCGAUACUAUCAGCUAUGACAAAGCUGGUUCCAUUUUGCGCAUGUUAGAGAAUCUUGUGGGCGCUGAUAAGUUUGAGCAGGCAGUUACCAACUAUCUGACAAAGUAUAAGUAUCAAAACACAGUCACAGAUGAUUUCUUGUCUGAGGUAGCUGCUCUGGUAACUGACUUUGAUCUGAAGCUAUUGAUGCGCACCUGGACUGAGCAAAUGGGCUAUCCCGUGUUGAAUGUGGAGCGCACCGACAAAAAUGCAUUUACUAUUUCGCAGAAGCGAUUCCUUUCCAACAAGGCUAGUUACGAAGAGACAGUGGAACCAACAGAGUUUGGUUACAAAUGGAGCGUGCCCAUCACCUACUUCCUGGACACCGCAAAGACAAAUGAGGCAAGCAGUUUUAUAUUUGACUACAAUAAGGAUAUGGCCGGCGUGGCUGUUGAGGCUGAUGUGAAGUGGAUCAAGCUAAAUGUUCAGCAAAUGGGCUACUAUAUAGUCAACUAUGAUACCAUCACCUGGGAGUAUAUCAAUCAACAAUUGAUUGACAAAUACGAUCGCUUUGAUAUAGCGGACCGAGCCAACCUGUUGAACGAUGCUUUUGCUUUGGCUGACGCCAGCCAACUGGCCUACAGCAUUCCUCUGGAUAUGACAGCUUAUCUAUCUAAGGAAGAGGACUUUGUGCCUUGGUAUACGGCUGCAUCGAACCUCAUACGUUUAAAGAGAAAUCUCAUGUACACAGAGAGUUUCACUUCUUACCUGAACUACGCACGCUCGUUAGUAAGCCCUGUCUACAAAGCAGUUGGUUGGACAGUUGAUGAAGAUGACCAUCUCAGAAACCGCCUGCGCUAUACUGUGGUGAAUGCAGCGUGUGCCUUGGGAGUGGAAGAAUGUCUGCAGGAAGCUGCAAAGCGAUUCAACACUUGGCUAGCCAAUCCCACAGCUGCCAAUAAACCUGCGCCCGAUCUGCGUGAAAUUGUUUACUACUAUGGCAUGGAGCAGUCAAAGAGCGAGGCUAGCUUUGAUCAGUUGUUGCAACUUUAUAGCACAGAAGCUGAUGCUAGCGAGAAGCAGAAGAUGAUGAAUGGACUUGCCGCUACAAAAAAUGCUCAAUUGCUGUACAGACUGCUGGAUUUGGCCAGCAUCAAUGACAAAACUGUGCGCUCGCAGGAUUAUUUCAAUUGUGUGCAGCUCAUUGCAAGCAAUCCUGUAGGCGAGCCACUUGUUUGGGACUAUUAUCGCGAGCACUGGACUCAGUUAACCGCACGCUUUGGCCUCAAUGAUCGGGCACUGGGUAGAUUAAUUACCAGUGUUACAGCACAUUUUGCAAGUGAAGUUAAGCUCGAAGAGGAUGCAAGGAGUUCUUAAAGAAGGCAUCCAGAGUCUGGAGCGGGUGCUAGCCCAAGGCAACAGGCGAUCGAGACUAUCAAGUACAACAUUAACUGGCUGAAGGAAAACAGCGGCGAGAUUGCCAAUUGGCUAAGCCAAAAACUUUAAAUUUUGCCUAAUGUCAAUUCUAUUUUUAUAUACCGAUCACAAAAGUUUGACAAGAAUAAGCAUGCAAAAUAAACAACA